AGUACUUAAAUAUGCAUGAGUCAUGACCUACUUUUACCUUGAACGAGAUGACACACAUACCUGUCUUAUGACCCUGUUAAGAAUUUGAGUAGUUUUUUGCAGAAUAAGGAAAGAUGGAGUCUUUUUCUGCAUCCGUAAUACUAGUUUUUAUUUUGUAUAUAUUUCAAGCCGAAGCCGCAGUCCGCUACUGUUAUUCUUGUCAAAGUACCACCCCAGGUUGUGAUGACAAGCUGGACAUCUAUCUCCAGAAGUGGUGGGAAUGCGGGGCCGAUACAAUGUGUGUUAAGAUCUAUGACAAUAUCAGGGGCCAAGAACAAAUCACCAGAGGCUGCUUAAACCAGCUGAUGAAAAACACCAUAUACCGGGAAGACAUGCCAACCAAUAGGAGACAUAACUACUGCCUUCCUGGGCGCGGCUCCGCUAGCUCCGCCGUGUAUCCCGGAUCACAAACGCAAGACUCCCAGCGUACAUACUGUUUUUGUGACGACUGGAAUGGUUGUAACCAUGCCGGAAAUCUGGCAGUUUCAAAAUUGACAUUAUUGGUGCCAUUGUUUUUAUCUGUAGCCUGCCUGUUACGGUUGCUUCACUGAAGCAUGAAUAUUGUUUGGUUUCCUUUGUAUAAAUGAGUUGUUUUCUGGGCUUGAUUUAUCAAAAAGACGAACCAGCCAGAUCACUUUGUCAUUCCAUAAAAAAAAAUGUCAGCUGUUUUUAUUACAAGUUUUUUUAGCAAAAUUGUUUUAUAAUAAAAAGAAGUUUUUUAUUUUAUCUAGGCAAGUUUGAUUUAACCAUUCUAUUUUAUAUACUGAAGAAAGUCCAGAUUUUUUAUUCUGCCUUUAAACGGUGAUGCCUUUCUGUUGGAUGUAACACCUAGCACAUUUUCUUGAUGUGUUUGAUACUUCAAACUGAAGAUGGCAACCAUGUAAUACUGCAUUUCAACUGUGCAGCUGGCAUUCCAAGAUAUGUCCAAAUUUGAAACAAAUUAACACAUUCCAAACUAACAUGAUUCUCACUGAAUUUAACUUUUUGUUAUGCCAGGAUAAAACUAUUAGCACAAUGAACUGUGUCAAAUUUGAUCUUUUUUAAGAUGAACUGUAGGAGUAGAUAUGCACUCUGUUCAGAGUAAAAAGGACCUUGGAUAUAUUACAGGUAUAUUUACACAAAUGUAAUGCAUCUUUACUUGUGUGAACAUGUAUAAAAUUACAGCCUUUUGGGGCUUUUGCAUAUGCAUGGGUUCAGCAUAUGUGUACAUAUAAACAUUUUGUAUAUUCAAGACCAAGCAAACCUGCUUUUGUUCAACAGUGUUAAUCUGUGUAAAGAGAAUGCAGCUCUUUAGAAGUACCCAGUCUGUACAUGUAAAUAUUAAGAGGCACUCAAGUCCCAUGUGCUCUUCAAGCAUGUACCUAUAUGCUUUAAAUGUGCUUUGUAAAGUUUUUAAAAUGUAAAUAGCAAUAAUCUUGGAAGUCUCCAAAUGGAGGGCACGACAGCAUGAUAGCUCUGCAGUGACCCAUUGUACUUUUUGUGAACUUUAUGACAUUUAAUAUGAAAUAUAUGGGACCAAUUCUGCUUUUUUUAGUGUUUCACGUGAUGACUUGACAUUGAUAAAAUGGCUUACUCCAGAGUUAUCCUUUAAAUUAUGCAAGUUUUCAUGUUUAUACAUUAGAUUAAAGGAUAGCCUUACUACAUAAGAGCUUUUAGUUAAAAACAUUGGACAUUGACUAUAAUAAUUAUUAUGAUCUGUACAUAGAAGCAUUUAUAGUUUAUAUAGUUCAGGGAAAUCUUUUCUGUUUUAUUAGAUUUGUUUCUAAUUCCUUUUCUUUAAACAAAGGAAAGAAAAAUAAAAGGAGUAAAUUUUUAAGGUAUAUGUUGAC